UCCGGUGUCUCCAUCAGCGGAAGAUUCCGCAUCCAGUCCAGGUGACCGUGCGGCGUGUCCCGGCCUCCUCCGCCCGUCUCUCCCGACCCUCCGGCCCGGUAAUGGGGCCCCCAGCGGGCCCCGGGCUGCUCCUGCUCCUCCUCGGAUCCCUGCGGUUCUGUGCCAGCAAAUAUGUGCGGGGGAACCUGAGCACCAAGGAGGACUGGAUCUUCCUCACACGAUUCUGUUUCCUGUCAGAUUUUGGACGUCUUGAAUUUAGGUUUAAAUAUCCGGAGGCUAAAUGCUGCCAGAACAUCCUGCUGUAUUUUGAUGACCCCUCUCAGUGGCCGGCGGUGUACAAGAAGGGCAAUAAGGACUGCCUGAUGAAGGAGUCUGUUAUCCGACCUGAGAACAACCAAGUCAUUAACCUGACCACACAGUACGUCUGGUCCGGCUGUCAGGUGAUAAAGGAAGCCGGACAGAGCUACCUGAGCUGCAACAGUGGGAGGAGCUUCCGCUCGGUGCGUGAACGAUGGUGGUACAUAGCGCUGAGCAAGUGCGGGGGGGACGGUCUGCAGCUGGAGUACGAAAUGACGCUUACAAACGGCAAGUCGUUCUGGACCAGGCACUUCUCGGCGGAUGAAUUUGGUAUCUUGGAGACUGACAUCACCUUCCUUCUGAUCUUCGUCCUCAUCCUCCUUCUGUCCUGUUAUUUUGGCUAUAUUCUGCGAGGACGGCAGCUCCUGCACACCACAUACAAGAUGUUCAUGGCCGCAGCUGGAGUAGAAGUGCUCAGCCUGGUCUUCUUCUGUAUAUACUGGGGACAUUAUGCUCAGGAUGGAGUGGGGAGCCCCAGUAUUAAAGUCCUAGCCAAGCUGCUGUUCUCCGCCAGUUUCCUGAUCUUUUUGCUGAUGCUGAUUCUGCUGGGGAAAGGAUUCACGGUGACAAGAGGACGCAUUAGUCACCUGGGCUCCAUCAAGUUGUCGGUCUACAUGACGCUCUACACGGUGACCCACACGGUGCUCUUCAUACACGAGGCGCAGUUUUUUGACCCCGCUCAGGUCCUGUACACCUACGAGUCUCCGGCAGGUUACGGGAACAUCGCCCUCCAGUUCCUCGCCUACAUUUGGUUCUGUUACGCCGUCUUAGUGACACUGAAGCAUUUCCCUGAGAAACAGGCGUUUUACGUCCCCUUCUUUGCAGCUUAUACCCUCUGGUUCUUCGCGGUGCCCGUCAUGGCUCUGAUCGCUAAUUUUGGAAUCCCUAAAUGGGCUCGUGAAAAGAUUGUGAAUGGGAUCCAGCUGGGGAUACACCUAUAUGCACAUGCGGUUUUCCUGAUAAUCACAAGGCCGUCUGCAGCAAACAAGAACUUCCCGUACCACGUGCGCACCUCCCAGAUUGGGAUCAUGGAGCAGAGCACGGAGAAGUUCCCCCAUCACGUGUACGGAAACGUCACGUUUAUCAGCGACUCUGUCCCAAAUGUCACGGAGCUGUUCUCUAUUCCGAGCAGUAAUGGCAGCUCCGGGGCGAUCAGUAAACCGCUUCCGUAUCCAGUGACCUUGGGCCAGUGCUAUUCCCAGCUGACAUCGGACCCACAUCACAUUAUCAGCCCUACGUCAAUGAAUGGAGCUCCUGGAAACCAGAAAGUACCAGUCGGAGAGACACAACUUGGGGGACUCCAACAGCUUCACGCCCCCCAGAUUCAUCAUCAGAAUGGAUUCCCUGAAUAUUUCAGUAUACGCUCAGCAGGCCCUCAGCCGAUAUAGACAGAAGGAGAAAACUGCAGUCCUUGUUGAGUCGUAAUGGGCCCUGGGGAACCUCCUGAGCCCGCACCUACAGUCUGAUAGGACUGACGUCCUGAGCCAGAAACCAUAGCGUGAAUGUGUGUGAGCGCACGCACUACAUGUUACUUUAUCUGAGCGUGUAGAAAUGUGUUUAUAGCGGCAUAUCCACGUGUAUAUAUUUUCAUACUUCUUUAUGUAUGUUGGUUUGUGCAUGUACAUAGAUAUACAGGAUAACAAAUAGUUAUGUGCCUACGUAUGUUGGUAUGUGCCUCUGCCUUGGCCGUCGUC